AACAAGAUUAGUAAUUUAAAGGAUUAUGGGGAACUUAAUUGAAUCAACAAUAUUAAGUGGAAAAUUCAGAGGAGAAAAUAUAUUGCUUCCACGCAUACCAAUUAUACCAACCGAUGUUCCAAUUCAAUUCAAACGAUUGCAAUUUCCAAUUCGUUUAGCAUUUGCGAUGACAAUUAAUAAAUCUCAAGGUCAAACAUUAAAAGUAUGUGGACUGAAUUUGGAAUAUCCAUGUUUUUCGCAUGGGCAACUAUAUGUUGCAUGUUCCCGUGUUGGAAAACCUUCUGAUCUAUGUAUAUACGGUCAAAAUGGCUUAACAAAAAAUAUUGUUCAUGAUUUAGCUUUAAGAUAA